CCUGCGUGUUGGCAAUUAAUACUGGACACGAACUGUUUAGCGAACGUUCAUGUUGACAGACACUAUGUGUCGUUGCCUCUUGGUGUAAGGCUGCUGGUACGCGGCCAGGAUACUGGCCCCGUGUUACUUACGAGCUCAGCGGCCGGGGAGUGGAGUAAACUACACAAGAGGAACUAGGAGGAGCUCCGACGGGCCGUCUGGGCCACCGGAGGCACCAUGAACGAGACUAUAGUUGGUGGGAAGUAUAGGCUUGGAAGGAAGCUUGGUGGUGGCUCCUUCGGGGAGAUUUUCCUAGGCACAAACUUGCAAACGGGCGAAGAAGUGGGCGUAAAACUGGAACCAGUCAAAGCGCGCCACCCGCAGCUCUUAUACGAAUCCAAGCUGUACAAAAUCCUUCAGGGCGGCGUCGGCAUCCCAAACCUGCGGUGGUAUGGUAUUGAGGGCGACUACAACGUUAUGGUCAUCGACCUGCUCGGGCCGAGCUUGGAGGACCUUUUCAAUUUCUGCGGUCGGAAGUUUAGCGUGAAGACAGUACUCAUGCUAGCCGAUCAAAUGCUCGCACGCGUGGAGUACCUGCACUCGCGCAGUUUCAUCCAUCGCGACAUAAAGCCCGACAACUUCCUCAUGGGCCUGGGCAAGCGGGCAAACCAGGUCAACAUCAUCGACUUUGGCCUCGCCAAAAAAUACCGGGACCCGAAGACGCACGCUCAUAUCCCUUACUGCGAAAACAAAAACCUGACGGGGACAGCGCGCUACGCCAGCGUGAACACGCACAUGGGCAUCGAGCAGAGCCGCCGUGACGACCUGGAGUCGCUGGGGUACGUGUUCAUGUACUUCCUCCGGGGGAGCUUGCCGUGGCAGGGCUUGCAAGCAGCCACCAAGAAGCAGAAAUACGAAAAGAUCAGCGAAAAGAAGAUGAAGACGCCGUUCGAGGCGCUGUGCAAGGGGUUCCCCCAGGAGUUUGUCCUGUACUUCCAGUACGUGCGCGCGCAGCGGUUCGAGGAGAAGCCGGACUACGCCUACCUGAGGCGCCUCUUCCGGGACCUCUUCGCCAAGGAGGGCUGGACUUGGGAUUACGUCUUCGACUGGACCAUCCUCAAGUACCAGCGCUCGACCAACGGCACGGUGGAGAGGCCCGUGGCGUUGCCGGAGGCGUCCGCGGCGCGACCCGCACUGCAGGACGCCGGGGAGGCAGGGGGCUCGCGGGUGCGGAGGGAUGAGGAGGCGGACCGGGGCAAGGACCUGCUCCACGCGGGGUCAGGGCGAGCCGGCACGGGCAUGCGGAAGACACUGCAAGCCCUCUUCACGCGGGCGUAGUCAGCGGCGGUUUGCGGCCUUUUUGGAACCUGAGUGCCAGGGGCCUGUGCACCAUUAGUAGCAGCAGCCAUGGGCGUCGGCUUGCAUUGCACCUCGCGGCUGCCAGAUGUCGGCUUGCGCCGUCAUGGGAGUUGUCGUGAAGUGCAGGGCCACGCCAUGCACCGGUUUCACGCAUAAGCCUUUUCACUAGAUGGGCCUUUUGCAGCGGAAGCUAUAGGCAAGAGCAUAGGCUUGCACGGCAAGGGAUUUAGGUUGGAUAGGACGGGCCAGGUUCCAGGGGGUUAGACGCCUGCCCUUUAGCGUUCAUGCAAUAUGUCCAUGUUCCGACUAGCGUAGUAGGUUUUGCGAGAAUAGCGGUGGGAUGUGCGCUUAGACUCCAUGUUACUUUUGCAUGUGCCUGCUGGCUAAUGCGUCGCUUUGUUUGGCGGUCAAAAGACGGUGCCUCAAGCAUAUCCCAUGUGUCCCUUGUCUGUCAAGAUUUUGUUCUGUACCUAUGUCGGCCAACUGACACGCAUCAGUGGCAAUAUAUUGGGUUGUAUCCGGCGUCUUUUGGCCUAAAUUCGCCGCCCAGGAUGGCAAGAAAGGAUUGGAAGGGAGGGUGGUCGCGCUGGAGAGGCGCUGAUGGCAUUUGGGGUGUUGCACAUGACCUGUCCGUGGGUACUUUUUUGUUUGCUGAUCGGAUGAGGUUUAUGAAGUUUAACCUUUGGGCGUGUCACCGUCGUGCUUUAUUGUGCCUUGUGCAGUGUCGGGUAUGCGUGGCAGACUGCAUUGCUUGCAUGGGAAGUGCAUCGGGUAAGUACCUGAACUGUUUUGUCUCUGUCGCUUAUGGCCCAGGACGAACCAUACCGCGCGGGAUUGUGCUUGUGCACCUCCGGUUGUAGAUCGUAGGCAAUACACAUGGAACUGUCCAGGUUCGCUUUACGUUUGCUGCUAAAAUGCCAAAUGGACGUGAGAGGGCGUUAGCAUUUGCCCUUUAGGUGAUAUGAGCUGGUGUUGGGGGUGGUGGUUACUUGCGAUUCGAGGGUUGUUGGCAGGGUUAAGCUUAUGUCCUCAAUAGAAUUGACCAUUGCGGCGUUUCUGGCUUAUGAGUCGGGUUGCGGAGGGUGUGAAGCCUCGCAAUUUACCCAGUUUUGAAGACUGUCAAGACCAUGACAUCCAUCUUGUACCGAAUCACGGUAAUUAACUGCAUGGGAG